GGCUGCUUCUUGUCACUCACUCUGCGAGCUGUUCGCGUGCGUAUCGGGUAGAGGCAAGGACCAAUUCAUAUCCUACUGAUACCAGCAUAGUUGGAAAACGAAAAUAUAUUUUAACGUCGACAUCAACUGACCAACUGCAUCUAUUCUUCAAGGAGAAUAUCUUUGUGAGAGAUUGCAAUGCUUAAAACAAGGGAUCUCAUCUGGGCAUUGCUCUUCUUUGGCUAUGCAGCCUCCCUCCAGGUGGAGAUCGUACCGACUCAGGGGGAGAUCAGCGUGGGAGACUCCAAGUUCUUCCUCUGUCAAGUUGUUGGAGUCGCAAAGGACAUUGACUGGUUCUCCCCCAGCGGAGAGAAGAUCCUCCCCAACAGACAGGACAUCUUCGUGAGCCGCAGUGACGAGUCCACCUCCACGCUCACCAUCUACAGCGCCGACGUCGACAGCGCGGGCAUCUACAAGUGUGUCGCCACCGACGGGGACAAGGAAGCAGAAGCCACCGUCCACGUCAAGAUCUUCCAGAAGAUUACCUUCAACAGCUCCCCGUCCCCGCAAGAGUUCAACGAGGGCAACGAUGCCAACAUUGUCUGUGACGUGAUCAGCUCUCCUCCCCCCAGCAUCAUCUGGAAACACAAAGGAUCCAAGAUCCAGGUCGCCAAAGAUGUUCGGUUCAAGAUCCUGGCCAACAACCACCUCCAGAUCCGUGGGAUCAAGAAGACUGACGAGGGCGUGUACACCUGUGAGGCUCGCGUCAUGGCCCGCGGGGAGAUCGACUUCCGGGUCAUCAAGGUCAUAGUGAACGUGCUGCCCACCAUCAGGACCAGGCAGUCGGAGGUAAACGCCACGGCAGACAGCGGACAGUCGGUGAUGCUGGCCUGCGACGCCGACGGUUUCCCUGAACCCAGCGUCACCUGGGCGCGGAACCAGGUGGUCCUGGUGUCGGAUGAGAAAUUCAGCUUGAACGAGGACGGCUCGGAGCUGACGAUCUUGGACGUCAACAAACUGGACGAGGGAGAUUACACGUGCAUCGCCCGGAACAAGGCCGGGGAAAAGGAGGGAGAAGUCAGCCUGAAUGUGUUCGUGCCGCCCAAGAUCACCUACUUCAACAACCAGUCUGCAUCAGAGCUGGACGAGCAGAUCACGCUGACCUGCGAGGUGUCAGGUGACCCCAUCCCCACCGUGUCCUGGAGUUCACGCAACCGCGUGCUGAAGGAGGGCGAGCAGAGUCUGGAUAAGAACGUGAUGGUUCGCAGCCACGCGCGUGUCUCAUCUCUCACCCUGAAAUACGUCCAGUUCACGGACGCCGGACAGUACUUCUGCACCGCACGCAACCCCAUCGGCCAGGACACCCAGAGCAUCUACUUGGAAGUGCGAUACGCUCCCAAGAUCCAGGGCUCCGUCACCUGGUACACCUGGGAGAGGAACGCCGUCAACAUCACCUGCGAGGUGCUGGCCCAUCCUGGGGCCUCCGUCAGCUGGUUCAGAGACAGCCAGCGACUCCCCAAUGCCAACGUCACCAACAUCAAGAUCUACAACACUCCUGCCGUCAGCUACCUGGAGGUCACCCCAGAUUCUCAGAAUGACUUUGGGAGCUACAACUGCACCGCCAGAAAUGACGUUGGCGUGGAGUCCAAGGAGUUUCUUCUUAUAGAAGCAGAUGUGCCCUCUGCUCCGGGGAUCAGCCGUGUGGAGCCCUUCUCCAGCACCGCCCUGGUGACCUUCGAGGAGCCGGAGGCUGACGGGGGCGUGCCGGUGCUCCGGUACCGGGCUGAGUGGCGUGCCGGCGGACAGGAAUGGACCAGCAAGGAGUACGAAGCAGAGGACGACAUGGACGUCCUCACCAUGGUGGGGCUGAAGCCGGAGACGUCCUACGAGGUCAAGAUGUCCGCCAUCAACGGCAAGGGGGAGGGCGAGAGCAGCGCGGCCGUGAGCUUCAAGACCGAGCCCGUCCUUUCUUCAGUGACUCCAACGCUUCUCGUUCCAACCAGUGCACCCCUUAAAGGGGAGCCCAGUCCUCCUAAGCUGGACGGAGAGCUGGAGAAGACGGGCGACUCCUUCAAGGUCAACUGGGUCAUGCAGGACGACGGCGGCUCCCCCAUCAAGCACUACCUGGUCCGCUACAAGCCUAAACACGGCUCGGACUGGAAGCCAGAGAUCCGCCUCCCCACUAGCAGUGAGUUUGUGGUUCUCCGAGGGCUGAAGUGGAACGUUGAGUAUGUGGUGUACGUGGUGGCUGAGAACCAGCAGGGCAAGUCCACCCCUGCCGUGUUCUCCUUCAGAACCGCAGCAGAACCCACCGCCGUCCCAGACAUGGCUACAGGGGGUCCAGGCCUGGGCACUGGUGCCAUCGUGGGGAUCCUGAUCGUGGUCUUCAUCCUGCUGCUGGUGGGCGUCGACGUCACCUGCUACUUCCUGAACAAGUGCGGUCUGCUCAUGUGCAUCGCCGUCAACUUCUGUGGCAAGGCCGGACCGGGGGCCAAGGGCAAGGACAUGGAGGAGGGGAAGGCUGCAUUCACGAAGGACGAGUCCAAGGAGCCCAUCGUGGAGGUGAGGACUGAGGAGGAACGCACACCCAACCACCAAGGAGGCGGAGCCACGGAGCCCAACGAGACCACGCCCCUUACGGAGCCUGAGCCUGCAGCUGACACCACCACAGUGGUGGACAUGCUCCCCUCCACAGCCACUAACUCUGACCCCGCCACCGAGAGCUUUAGCACGGCCCAGAGCAGCCCUGCUAGCGAGAGCACAACCCUCUCCUCCAGCGCCGCCGCCCCCGCCAAGCCCCACCCCAAAGCGGCCCCCAAGGCUUCCCCCAAAAGCUCCCCCGCCCCGGCCCCCCAGACCAGCAACCCCACAGCCUCCACCACCACCCCCUCCCCACAGGCCAGCGUGGCUCCCCUGGUUGACCUGAGUGAUUCCCCGGCCCCUUCCCAGAGCCCAGGUGCCUCCAAACCCUCCACAGCCCCGUCUGAGCCCAGCGCCCCUGCUCCAGAGCCGCCUCUAGCCACCGGCUUGUCCUCCACCAAAGCAACCGUUCCUCAGGGCAAGCCAGAGCCAGUCACAAGCCCAGCCAGCAACGCCCACCCUCAGAGUAAGGACUUACAGAUAGACGACCUGGCCCAAGACGUGUUCGAUGCCCUGGGCAGAGACGCCAGAGCCCCAGCCUCUGCUCCCACCCAGGACGACGGUAAGAUCUUGACAGACGACAAAAGUAAACCCGAGACAGAGACGGAGGUGAAGAAAGCUCCUUCUGAGGUGAAGACGGUGCCCACCGAGGCGGUCAAGUUAAACGGAAACGAGAGCAAAGCGUGAUCGUGGUUCAGAAGGCCUGGCCACGGCACAGCCUGCCCACGGCACAGCCACCACCCCCAUGAUGACAAAGUUUCAACAACAACAAAAAAAAGCAACAAAAAAAGUUUUAAAAGGGUCUGUUUUUUCAGUGUCUUCUAUGAGUUUUCUGAACAAAAGAUGUUGGUUAGACCUGUAGAGCGAAAUAUAAGACCUCAUGCACAUGCCUUAGAAUUUCCUCCUUAUUUUCUCAGUUAUUUUUCUUCACCUCUCACUUUUUCAUAGAAAACAGAAGAGGAAGUCCUCACCUGUAGCCCACUCUCUCUGCCCUUCUUUUAUAUGUAACAUCAAAGUUACCGGUCUUUCAAUGUGGGACAGUUAAAUAUCACUUAGAUAACCAUGAGAGGAUUGUAGCUUUACUUCAGAAAAAAAAUGCCUUUACUAUGUGCACACACACAAACUCAUGUCAUUACCCUCACUAUUUCCUGUUUUGUUUUCUGUUUUAUGCAGUGUUGCCAUCAUUAUUCUGACUGCUAAUGAAUUAUGGGUACUUUUGUAUGUUUUUUUGUGUGUUUAAAUAUUGUGCAGAAAUUAACUGCCUUUUAUUUUAUCUUCGUUUUUCCAUGUGUAAUUUCCAGGACUAGACGUAGAUUCUAGAGUAAUUUCUUUCUAAUGUCAUAGUUUUUUUUUUUCGUUUUGUUUUUGAACGUUUACACUGGUGUUCAUCUGUCCCAUGUAGACUCAACCUAAGCAAAAGGAAGCAAAGCAGAAAAACUAUGUCUUACUCAACAGAGAAGUCAGAGUUGGCAGUUAGGGUUGCGCAAUUUGUCGCUUGAAGAUUUUUACUUUUUGGUUAAUGUUUUGUUUUUAUUUUUGGCAAAUAUAUGAACACACAUUUUCUUUGUCUUUCCUCUCUCUGAUUUUCACACACACACACACCUUUAAGUCCUUUUCGUGAAAGUCGCCAGUUAGAAGCGCUUUGGAGACGUUCCAUAGCUGAAUGGUUUUGAGGGAUAGCUACUUUCAAACGCAGUUCCCCAAAUUCUACCAGGGAUCAGGCGCGGGCACGAAGAGUAGCGGUGCCCAGGAGUCUGAUUUAAGGGAGAGUGAUGUAAUCAAAGCCGUAUAGCAAAGGUAGAAUCUGAAUGUACAAAAAGAAGCCCUAAAGUAGCCUUAAAAAGCGAUCCUAACUGUGCCCUACCUAAAGGCUUCACCCCUUAUAUUUAGAAUAUUGUGGCUGUUGCAAACAGUAGGCUACUUAAAAUUUAGACAUCGGACCCAGUCUCAAAUAAGUAAGGGAAGAAAUCUGCCUUUUAUGUUCAGGAGCAUCUUUAUUAUGCAUAUUAACCGAGUAAAUGACCAGAUUACAAAAAUUUCUUAUUUAAGCCAUAAACCUCCGUGGAUAGGUGGAUUUAAACAUUCAAAAUGAAAUAUUAAAUCGAGUUUUUUUGUACAGUGUUUCUCAUACUUUAGACUGCAAGCUUGUGCACUGUGAAUGCGUGAAUAUCCUAGUGUGAAAACAAUGUGUUCUUUGUCAUAGAAAAAAAAAACAUAGUUCGGUUGUGAAAGAUUUAGUUUCUAGUGCAGACGACAAAAAAAAGUUCCAUGAAAAACCAUGAAAGACAACAAUGCAACAACAAAACUGAAAGAAAACAGAGACGGUGCCUUCAAAACAUGUCAAAGUUACGGCAUCCAUCCCCUCUUGCUGCGCGGCUGUCUUGUUUUACCUCCAGGGGGCAGCAGGCGGGGUUCUGAGCUGACAGAGCAGCUCAUCGCUAUUCUGGAAGGCGCCAGUCCAGAAAUAGACGCUAGCUGAUCUGUUAACUGUGAAAUAAAUUCAGAAUGGCCAGAAUAUUGCUCACACUGCCGUGUAAAGGGAUGAAAACAAAGCCGGUAUAUUAUUUCGUCGUAUUUAUCACAGGGCUCCUCAUCUGAAGCUCCACCAUGUAGGCCUAGUAAAAAUAUAAUUGUUUUUUGUUAUUCUGACAUGGUGGAAAGAUAAGCAUUUCAAUAAUCAUUUCACAUGUGUGUGAAAAAGGUACACAUGGCCCUACAAACACGAGACACCUACAAAAACGGUUUUCAUCCCUCAUGAUAUAAAACUAGCAUGCAUGUUUUUUUUCCUCUCGGAUUUACCAUGUCUGAAAGGAUCGAAUUAGUUCUUGAGAAAACGAGUUGACGAAGGCUUUACCUGUCGUACAUUGAAUCUUUUGAAGUGUUCUGUAAUCUGUUGUUUGGUCCAAUCUUUUUUUGUUUUUCUCAACCACGAAGAAAAUACUGACAUUAAGUGUUUUUACUCUUCUAAGCUCAGUUAUUUAAUGGAAGAGGGAGGGAAUUGGCAAAAAAAAAACUGCUGUAAUAUACCACAAUGCUAAUACUGUAAUUGAAACAGGAUAUGGGUUUUCAUUUGUCCAAAACGAGCUAGCUCUUGUGUGUGGUGACUUCCUGGAAACAGGUGUCCCUCAAAUGUCCCACGAAUGCCCUUGCGAUACCAAUUUCUAAAUAUAGGCUUGUUUUUACAUGAAUUGAUAGACUUUCACCAGUGUACUGUGCCAUGGAUUGUAUUUCAGGAAAGACAUUGGGGAGAAAACACAUUGUCCAAACUCUCAAACUGUAGGUGAGAAGAGAUGCUCUCCUCCUGCUCCACUUCCUUGAAGUGCUCAUAUUUGGCGUCGAUUGCUUGGUGAAGGGAUUGUUCCGCCAUAUUUCUCUCACCAAACCAUCUCACCACGCCAUGUCCUAUCAAGGAAAGGACUUUUCAAGUGUUUGAACAAAUCACAGAUGAUCUCAAGUAAGAUUGUAAAUGUCUUUCCCUGAUAGCCGAACAGAAGCUGGAACAUGCCCUGGUUUUUAGUCAGGGCCUUGUCCCCUGGUAGAAUCCUUCUUCAUUCCUGCGGUAGCCUAGAUCCACUAUUCCCUGCCUUUGGGGCCUUGUCUCUUGUAUACAGAUUUUUACUAAGUGAAACAUUGUUAUCACCUCUAUCUCACUCUUCACUGUCACUGGUGUAAAUACUGAGUACUAACAUACAAAAAAACACGUUUGGACUUCGCAUUCUGUCAAGAUUUGUGUUCAAUAAAGUUA